GCUGUCAGCUCCGGUUCAAGUCUUCUUGUGUAGAGGUGGUGUUGCGGAUGAGCGAGCCCGCGGAGCUCGGUGCGUGCCCGGCGGUGGAGGUUGUUGCUCGCGCCGAUGCGGGUGGUGAGGACAGCAUUAACGGCGCGGCUCGAUGAGAUGUUGGAGCGGGGAUGCCUCUUCCUGCUAGACACCAUUCUUCUGUGAUCGACGCGAGUGCUGCAGCCCAACAAGUGGUGACACAUAUAUGGAUAGUGGGGUCGCAGCAUGCCCACCCCUCCAAGCACCACUGCUCCCCUGGCUGGAGGAAGUAGCAGCUCUGGAGGAGAGGAGCAGCUCCGGAUGUCUGACUCCACCGGCGGCUGCUCUGUCCGCUUCCUCCCGGCUUUCUGCCUGGGCGUGGUGGCGGCAGUUGUGUUCCAGCUGGCCUGGGGAGGCCUGACUCUCACCUCCUUCUUCCUGAAGCUGUUCAUCUACAUAUCCUUCGCCCUGCUGUGUUUCCUGGCUGGGAGUUUCGUCUUGCUGGUCCGGAAGAGCCCUCUGAAAGUCAGCUGUUUCAGCAGGACCAGGAGGCACUCAGCCUCCAGGUUGAACUUCUUCAACAAGCUGAUGGGUCGUUUUCUGGUGCCACCUCAGGAGUUGAGCCAAAGCAGAAGAGUGGUGGUGUCACACAACGUAGACAAAACCUUGAAAGAAGUGUUCGACUUGGCCUACAGAGACUACAUCCUGUCCUGGUACAUCCCUCUGAGCCGGGAUGAAGGCCAGCUGUACUCCAUGCUGCUGGAAGACUGGUGGCAGAUGAUCGGGCAGCUCAGAUCCAGACUGGCUGAUAUAGACCUCGUCAACGUGGUGUGCAACGACAGCAUCCGAAUCCUUCACUCACACUUCACUGACCUCAACGCUGCGUCUGCACGACCAGAGGAGGUUGCUCGGCCGUUUCCUCUCCACCCUUGUUUGGUCAGCUCAGACUCAGAGAUGACUUUCCUCCGCUGUGUAGCCAGAAUCCUGCUGCUGUGUCUCCUGCCACAAAAGGAUGCCAAGUCACACACACUACGCUGCUGCCUCACAGAAGUUAUCACCACCAAAGUGUUGAAGCCUUUGGUGGAGGUGCUCAGCGAUCCAGACUCCAUCAACAGGAUGUUGCUGUCUCAGCUGGAGCAGAGGGAGCAGCAGGCUGAGCAACAGAAAAAAGCCUACACCUACGCUGCCUCUUACGAAGAAUUCAUCAAACUGAUAUCAACUUCUUCUGAUGUCAAUUUCCUCAAACAACUCAGGUAUCAGAUAGUGGUAGAAAUUAUUCAUGCCACCACCAUCAGCAGUCUGCCUCAGCUCAAGAAGCAGAAAGAGCGAAAAGGUAAAGAGUCUGCGGCCAUGAAGGCAGACCUGCUCAGGGCCAGAGACAUGAAACGAUACAUCAAUCAGCUCACUGUUGCUAAGAAACAAUGUGAGAAAAGGAUCUGUCUGCUGGGAGGACCAAACUAUGAAAACAAUGAGGAGGGAGGAGCCGAUGAUGGCGAAGAGCCUCAGAGUCAGAAGAUCCUUCAGUUUGAGGACAUUCUGUCUAAUCCAGGUUACAGGGAACAUUUUAGAGUUUACAUGGAAAGAGUGGAUAAGAGAGCUCUGAUAAGCUUCUGGGAACUGGUGGAGCUGCUGAAAACUGCCAAUAAGAACGAGGUGCCCCAGAUCGUUGGAGAAAUCUACCAGAAGUUCUUUGUGGAGAGCAAAGAUAUUCCAGUGGAAAAGCUUCUCCUCAAAGAGAUUCAGCAGAGUCUGGUGGGAAACCGAGGGACUCAGGUGUUUGUCCGGUUACAGGAGCAGGUGACGGAGACGAUGAGGGAGCGUUACUACCCAUCUUUCCUGGUUUCUGACCUCUACGAUAAGCUGAUCAGACGAGACGAGGCCCACAGCCAAUCACAGUAUAGCCCGGAGGAAAAAGGAGAAGGGUGCCAGGGUCUAGAUCCUAGUGAGGAUGUGUGUGAUGAGGGCACUAAAGGAAUUACUGAGCAGGCCAGCUAUGCUGCUACAAAACUUUGCCAACUUCAUGACAAACUGGAGUAUAAGCGCCAGGCUCUAGGCUCUAUCCAGAACGCACCCAAACCAGACAAAAAGAUUGUGAACAAACUAAAAGAAGAAAUAGGAGCCAUGGAAAAGGAGCACAGUGAACUUCAGCAGCAUAUAACAAGGACUGACUGGUGGUGUGAAAACCUGGGUCACUGGAAGGCAAAUAUUACCACUGCUGAGACUGCAGAAGAAGGUGGUGAGACUGUAGCUUGUUACAGCGUGUGUGUUAGCCUGGGAGAAGAAAUGGCUGACAGCCGCUGGUGCGUCCAGAGGAAACUCACUGAAUUCCAGAUGUUGCACCGUAAACUCACCGAGUGUUUUCCAUCACUGAAGAAACUCCAGCUGCCAUCACUGAGUAAACUCCCCUUCAAAUCCAUCGACCAGAAGUUUUUAGACAAGAGUAGAACCCAGCUCAAUGCCUUCCUGCAGCGACUCCUGACAGACGAGCGACUGUGUCAGUCAGAAGCUCUAUACGCCUUCCUGAGUCCGUCACCAGAACACCUCAAGGUGAUGUCUAUUCAGAAGAAGUCUUCUUUCUCGCUGGCGUCCUUUCUAGAGAGGUUACCUGGAGAUUUCUUCUCUCAUACUGAGGAAGACAUCGAUGAUGACAGUGACCUCUCAGACUAUGGUGAUGAAGCCGAUGGUCGGAAAAACGCUCUGGCUGAACCCUGCUUCAUGCUCAUUGGAGAAAUCUUUGAACUCAGAGGAAUGUUCAAGUGGGUGAGGAAGACGCUCAUCGCUCUGGUCCAGGUCACGUUCGGUCGCACUAUCAACAAGCAGAUCCGGGACACUGUCCACUGGAUGUUCUGUGAGCAGAUGCUGGUGUGCUACAUCAGUGUGUUCAGGGACACCUUUUGGCCUAACGGGACCUUGGCGCCACACGGGAGGGUCCGAACAGACUUUGAACGAUGUGAGACCAAGGAGCGGGCUCAGCAGAAACUACUGGACAACAUUCCAGAUGCACUAGCAAAUUUAGUUGGCCAGCAGAAUGCCAGAUUUGGAAUCAUCAAGAUCUUUAAUGCUCUGCAGGAGACCAAUGCCAACAAACAUCUUCUCUAUGUGUUGAUGGAAAUGUUACUCAAGGAAGUUUGUCCUGAACUCAGAGGAGCCAUGGACAACAUCUAAAGCACAAAGACAGCAAGUGGCUCCACAAACCGAGGUUCCCUUGCUUCAUCUUUCUGGCCUCAGUGUGUCAGACCAACCACAGACUGCCAGAUGAGACAAAGACAGAGACGUUCAAGGUUAAACUUUGACAGAGGCAUUGAUCACAGCUGAGACACUGAAUGAUGGGACCAACCUAGCUUAAUUAACUAUGUGCAGAUUUCAAGCUGAAAAAGAAGAAAUCACCAAUGUUUGACUUCAUUUGGAAGAGAACAGAACAAGUUGUACUUUAGACCUUGUGUGUGACACAUGAGGGUUUUUGUUCAGUGAUAACGUUCAAGAUAAAUACUAGAGCAAAAUGAAAACAUAUUUUUGUUCUUGUGUGAAUCAUGGAGUCUAGUCAGUGACCUGACUGGAUUUUCUUUUCUAGAGCAGAACUUGAAUAAACAAACACAGAUGGUACUGAGAACACAGUUCAGAUUCUUUUUGUUUUUGUUGAUGAACCAUGUAUCAUGGCCCACGGACCUUGGAACAUUCCU